AAGCAGUUCAUCAAAUCUGACGUACCUAAAUUCAUCGUGUGUCAAUCGCAUGACGAGAUUUGAGAAAUGCAUAUGAAUCUGUCAGCUUCGCUAAUAAAAACCAAAGCGAAUUAGCCAAUUGGCUCAGGAUCUGCGGCCACGAUCAUCCAAUAAUUACUUUAGUUUUCUCCGUCCAUAAAUAUACAGCAAUACUCACACAAGUGUGAGUCUACCCAAAAUUCGGCUGACCAUUAACCCUCCGUAGUGGUGGCGCAUUUUGUUUGUGGCGUUUGUAAUUUAGAGCGAGAACCUCUUAGCUUAAAUUGAAAGAUUGGACCAGCAUUAUACUGGAAAUUUUGUGGGUUUUCGCAUAUAGAUUUGUCAUUUGACGGCGCAGUGCAAAAUAGUUACAUUUUGAGGAACCAAGAUGGUUGCACAAGGCUUUACCGUGGACCUUAAUAAGCCUCUUGUCUUCCAGAUGGAAAUUUUACAGGUUGGCCAUCUUGGGGAAGCUUAUCAGGAAUGGGUUCACCAGCCAAUUGCCAGCAAAGAAGGCCCCCGAUUUUUUGAAAGUGAUUUUUGGGAGUUUCUGACGCGUACAGAGUGGUAUGUAAUCCCGCUCAUUUGGCUCCCAGUUGUCGGCUGGUUCGUUUUGAUGUCCAUUUGGAUGGGCCAUACCAUUCUGCAGGUAGCAUUGAUGAUGGCAUUUGGCAUUUUUGUGUGGACUUUGCUAGAAUACACUCUGCAUCGCUUCCUUUUCCACAUCAAGACAAAGAGCUAUUGGGGAAACACCAUUCAUUAUCUUCUUCAUGGUUGUCAUCAUAAGCACCCAAUGGAUGGCCAACGCCUUGUUUUCCCUCCCACUGCAACUGCUAUUCUUUGUGUACCAUUCUGGAACUUGAUAAAAUUCAUGUCUACCCCGUCUAUCACUCCUGCUGUGUUUGGAGGUGGUCUACUGGGUUGUGUAAUGUACGAUGUAACCCAUUACUAUUUGCAUCACGGGCAGCCAACCAGUGUCGUACCUAAAAGUCUGAAGAAAUACCAUUUGAAUCAUCAUUUCCGUAUCCAGAAUAAAGGUUUUGGUAUAACUUCCUCACUCUGGGACAAGGUUUUUGGAACACUACCUUCAACAAUAUCGGCUGAGAAGAGCAGCUAAUUCAAUCGUGAAGCAGUGAUAAUUAGAAGGGGCUUUUAUCCAAUUAUUUACGUUGUUUUCCCAGACUGUGGGAGUUGCACAAAAAAAAAAAAAAUGACGACCACGGAUCCAAUAUUUAUCUUUUGGGAGUCGUGUGACGACGAUGUUGAUCAUUUUGGGAGUUACAUGAAAUUAAAACCUUGUUCAUCAAUCACGUGUAAUGUUGGUAAUGAACUAGACAAACAUGUUAAGAAAGAAAAAUAGUUUAAACUCUUGUUUAGUAUUUUGUAUCAAACCUGCACCGAAGAACGUUCUCGGGUCAGGAUAAUGCCAAUGAAGAUGUUUAAAGUUCUAAAACA